UCAACCUUGAUGCACGUGUUUUUCGCCCAGAAAAUUCCGCCAAACAUGCCAUUGAAAUCAUUGUGUGUGCUCUGAGUGUGUGUGUGUGCAGUGUGGAUUUUUAACGAUGUGCUACACAUAAUGAAAGCGUUUGGUGCCGUUUCACGGAUGCCUUGAGGCAAUAUGAAAUUGAAACGGAGUCUGGACGUGCGGCUGAUCGCGCUGUGUACCACGUGCCUCAUCCUGCCGGCCAUCGCCUGCCCCUCCCAGUGCGUCUGCAAGUGGAAAAACGGAAAGCGGUACGUCGAAUGUACCGACAAAGAGUUAAAGGCGAUCCCCGACUCGCUAGACUCCGAAACACAAGUACUCGACUUCACUGGCAAUGAUUUGCAAGUUCUCCAAAAGGAAACAUUCCAUAAACUCGGCCUGUUGGACUUACAGAAAAUUUAUCUUCAGAGAUGUCGGCUGCAGAAAAUCGAUAGCCUCGCGUUCAGGGGACUCGCCAAUUUAGUCGAGUUAGAUCUUUCCAAUAAUUACAUCACAGUCAUCCCGUCUAGCAACUUCGUCUUUUUCCCAUCUCUAAUGAGGCUCUCUUUGAACAACAACCCAGUUACGAAUAUAAAAGCGCACUGUUUCCAACAUCUGUCCUAUUUGAAUACGUUAGAGCUGAGUAAUUGUAAAAUCGAAAGUAUAGAACCGGAGGCCUUUGCCGGCUUGAAGCACUUGGAAUGGCUCAGAUUGAACGGUAAUAGGUUAUCAAAUAUUCAAGGCGAUAAUUUGUUCCCCGACACGUUGCGAGGUAUCGAUCUUCAGAGUAAUAAUUGGAACUGCGAUUGUCAUUUGAGAGAUUUACAUAACUGGCUAUCGAAUUUCAAUAUGCCACACGCCGUCGAGCCAAUUUGCUCGCAACCUAAGCGGUUGAAAAAACGCACAAUCACAAGUGUCGACGAAUUCGAUUUGGCUUGCUUGCCGAAAAUCACCCCUACGACCACGUACAUAGAGACUGGCGUCGGGAAUAACGUAACGCUGGAAUGUCUAGUGAAAGCCGUGCCAGAAGCGAAAAUACAAUGGUUUUAUCAAGGGCAGCUUAUUCGUAAUUAUUCAACGUCCGCCGCUGAGCCCCAUCAUGUUUUCCACGUGGAGAACGGCGUUAUUGAUAAAAAGAGCGAACUGUAUAUUUACAAUAUCGGAAGCGAUGACAAUGGUACUUAUUCAUGCAUCGCGGAGAAUUCCGCGGGGAGGUCGCGAACAAACUAUACCAUUAAAAUUCUUAUUAAAGAGGAACCCGUAGUUAUCGUCGUGACAUUCCCACAUAGACAUUUAGUAGUUAUAAUAACAGUGAUAUUUUUAAUUAUCGUAUUACUCAUAGCCAUAAUUGCGGUUGUGCUAUUAAAAUUUAAAACUGACACGCGCAGUCGUAAGAAGAAGGAGAGCGGUAAAGACGUAGCGUUAUGUAACCAAAUGUUGCCCUCGAGCCGAGGCAACGGAUCUUUGCCCAAGAACAAUGGCAGCGUUAUAGUGAACGCACAUUCGCAUCACGCGCUGCAUUAUACAGUGCAAACAAACCGAGAUUUCGAGUCGAGCGACACGUAUCAAAGCAAUAACAUGAAAGGCUUUGUCGACAGAAAUCCUGACCUAAUUAGCGACGCGGAAACGGUCGCAAACAACGCACAGAAUGAGAACACAGUGUUAUCGGUGUACAAAACGCAAACUGCAAACGAUAGCUUUGAAGAGGAAACCGCAUUUACUGCGCCAGUGCAACGACAAGUGACUUGGCAGGAUCAACAGACUGUAAAUAGCAUGAGUUUGCCUCAAAACGCAAUGUACCAGCAUUCCGCUGAUGUCCACUUGAACCCUGGUUGUUUCCUUGAUAGUGAGGGUUAUCCGUUUGACUAUGGGCUUCCAAAACAUCCGUGUCGAGCGCCAAUAAUGUCAAAUUAUUCAGUUGUUGGGCCAUUUUACCAGACCCUACCGCACAAUCGGGCAAAAGGGCCAAAGCUCGCAUGUAAAUUUGCUAAAGACACGGAGUUCAAUGCCACUACGCCGCCGUGUGCAAACUUUGAAAUAUUUAACGGCACAAAUGUGAGGCGCACUUUAGAAGGAUAUCCCGUACCGAGGAAUCGCCAAAUAGCAUUUGUAGGGAAUGGAACAGUGUAUUACAAUGAAGAAUUUGUGCCUUCGCCGCCUGAAGGAUACAAAACUGAGCCAGUGCAGUGUUGUGCCCCGCAGGAAACCUGUCCCGCUUGGAACCCAAAGGGUACUUGUGCCGUGAUGGUGCCUAUGGGGAUUGCGGAAACUCCGGGCCGGUGCUAUCAAGUGGAAACGCGAUGUGUAGACACGCAAACCACGGACACGAGAGUGCCGGGCGAGGGCACCGAAAACGUUCUAAAACCACUGCCUCAAGUUUCUAACGCUAAAUGCGCCUCUGAUAUAUGUUCGGAAAGCCCCGACGAGGGGUAUGUUGGCGACGCUAACGACAUCUGACGACGUCGUCGCAACGAUAACGCGUAAACAGGGCAAUUUAGACGCUAGUAAAGUGAUAAAGCGACUGAAUAUGAAAAUAGUAAUGUAUAUACGAAGUGUACAGUGCACGUGCGGUAUUUUUUACAUUUGCAUUGUCAUAUGAAGUGACUUUUUUACCGAAUAUUGCAUUAAGAUAUAACGUUUUUGUUCACUAAAGUUUUCUAGUCUCAUGAUCUCAUGUACCAUAUUCAUUUUACGUUGUAUAUGUUUCAUAAUCAUUAAAAUCAUGCAAUGUGCCAAGUUGGAAAUAGUUCUAGUUUCCUAGAAUAGACUAAACGUACGCCUAAACAAUUUGUUACUUGGUAAGUAUUUUUGUUAUUGCACUCGAGAGAAAAUUGGUUUUUAAGAUGAAAUAUUGUGGACUGCGAACGAAAUUUCUGUUUCGGACUGUUUUACUGUAUUUUGUAUUGUUCUCAUUCUUAGUUUGAUGUCAUAUAACGAAGUUUUCUAUCGCAUCGUAGCCUGCUAUUAUAUUUUACGAGUGAUAUUUUCUUUCAAAGUUGUACGUAAAACUAUACAGUGAAUUGUUUCAAUGAAACCAAGUUUCUUUUAAUUAUGUCUUCAGUCAAUAUGAUAUAAAUAAAUUUAGAAUCAAUAAUGUUAAAUAAGAUAAUUCCUAAUAUCUCUACGUUAUUCACGCGGACCCUUGAACUCUUAUUAGAUUAAAAAAUAAUAUAAUAAAUGUAAAUAUAUCAUGUAAAUACUAGGUUUUAUUAUAUUUCCGAACGGAAUCGAGUAGAAUAGCCAGUUCACAUUGCCAGUAACAGUAAUAUUAUGUUUAUUUUACAGCAUUUUUGUACGAUAUCUAAAUAUUAUAAAGCUACGAAAUUUAUUCAAAUUCGAUUGAGUUGAACAAAAUAAUCUUUAUUUGAUAAUUUUAUAUUAUGUACUACAAAAUUAAAUGAAAAAUGAUUUUAACGGGUGGACUGAAAAAAUGGCCGUGUUGAAAAAAGGUUAUUAUUUAAAAUACGCCUGUCAUUUACAUUAACUGAAAGAAUUCUAACGAUACUCUUUUAUUAAAACAAUAUUUUUUUAAAACCCUUUUCAGUGAUUAAAUUACCCAAAAAGAAAUGACAAAUUUUUACAUGAAAAGACAAAUGUUAAUCCAUUCACAAAUAAAAUCCUAAAAUCACAAACAAUUCCAACUUGAAUCAAUCUAAAUAUUACCUUAGUUACUGGCAAUGCGGGCUGGCAUCAAUAUCAGGGUACCUCCCUUACUUUAGUUAUACCGUACUUUGGCAUUUUCUUCGCGUUUUCAGAUAAAAAUACAUAUAAGGAAGACAAGCAACUGACGGGGAAGCACGUUUCGUUCCGACAUAUUUAGAUUUUCAUCAUGAUACUUUACUUUGCUGAUUGCAAAUUUUGAUAUGUGAACAGAUUUUGGAGGUUUUGCAAUGUGAUUUGAACUGUAUUAACAAGAUCCAUGGUUCAAAAUCUAUUGACAGAUCUUUAAAUAACAUAAUUGUUUAUGUUUACAUGAAACAUGGUUUAUUACAAAAUAGAUCUGCUUUCUUGUUAAUUCAAAUAAUUUACGCGCUUGUUGUAGUAUUUUCUUUGUAGCUGUUUUUAAAUAUGUCAAUACUCACUACUAGUUUCACUUGAUUUAGUGCCGAUUUUUCAAUGCUUGGUUAAAACUUAUUCGUCGAAUAAAGUAUUAAACUACCAUUUCAAAAAUGUAUUCUACUUGCCCAUAUUUGACAGUGUGACAUGUGACAUUUAACCAAGGGUGAUAUAUUUUAACCAAGGUUUGAAAAAUCGGCCCUUAGAAUCAAAUUAAAUAAUUACAGAGUUCAAUUAUUAUUGUGUUUAAUAAUUUUCUCUGUAUGACUAUGAAUUAUUUUGUAUAAUAAAGUUAUGUAUCCACAUGUAGACUAAAAAUGUAAUGGAAAUUGAAAUUGCCUGCAACAAAAUUCCUUCUCAAAUACAAUAUGAAAAUAUUUCAAGUGAACUCCGUAAAUGCACCUUGUUGAAAGUACUAUAUGACACAAGAAAAUGCCGAGGAACGAGAGAAUAGGGAAAUAAUGUAUGAUAUCUUUUGUAAGAAAACAGUUUUCUUUCAUAUAUUUGUAAUAUUGAAUAGCAAUAAUUAUAAUUUAUGUUUGUACGGUCAGAGCAAAAAAUUACUUGACUUUUGUUAAUACUUAUAGGAACUUAUUGUUUAAGUUAAGUAGUAAAUUACAAUGAUACAUUGUGAUUAAUAUAUAUAUUUUACGAAUCUUCGCUGAGAAUAAAGCGUUUUGUAACUGACUGUACAAGUACAAUGAUGUCGACAAUGCUUUUCGUUUUAAGAGCACUUUAUAUAUAUUUAUAAAGGUUAGAAAUGAUGAAGAGGUUUGGCAAAAAGGUUGGUCCGGGUCAACAGAAGAUCGACUGCCGAUUGAGCGAGUACCCUAAUAAUUUUUAUUCCGUUUCCCUUCACUGUAAAUAUUAUUUACUCUUCAUAAAAAUGCCUGAUAAUAAAACCUAUUUCUGUACAGAAUUUUAUCUUUGAUCUCAAAUAUCAUCUUAAAUUGAACGUGAUCAAAAAUUCAAGCGUUUACGACGGGUUUAAAACGCGUUUAAAUCCUGGAUUCUUACAAGUUGCCAAACAGUCUAGUUAUUUAUAAUACGUUCAAUAAUUCUAAGGCAAUAAAAUGCUGAGCAUUGUCUACAUCGUUAAGGCGUCGUUAGACAGAUCAUUACGGAACGAACAAUUUUGGACCAUAUGUGCUGUGUGACGACGCCCUUAUUAUGUAACCUUGAGGAGUGACAGUUUCGGAGGGGAGAAUAUUUAUGUUUCAGGAAAAUCAAAGCAAGUUGGAGUUUAUUACAUGAUGUUUUCCUAACUCAUGAUUGAUAAAAACAUUUUUGUGUCGUAGAAAUUAGGAGUAUUGUUCCUUAAACGAAAAAGAUUAAAUUUAAAAAACCUGAUACCCAGAUUAACGUUGGAUCACUUUAAGAAAUACACACUAUUAUUUUCUAGGAACGUUGAGAUCAAUACAUAAUUUUAAAAAGGUGAUAAGUUUUAGCGCAAAGUUUUUCACUUGAAAGAAUAAAGAGUUAACAAAGACUAGAUUGUUCGCAGCUGAUAGCUCCAUUUUAGUUGAAAAAUGCCUUUGUAAAAUCAUCAGUAGAUCGUUAUAUCCUACUAAUAUUAUAAAUGCGAAAGUUUGUAAGGAUGUAUGUGUGUUUGUUACUCUUUCACGCAAAUACUAUCGAACCAAUUACAUUGAAAUUUAUCACAUAUAUAGACGGUAACCUGGAUUAACAUAUAGGAUAGGUUUUAUCCCGGAAAUCCCACGGGAACGGGAACUAUGUGGGUUUUCCUUUGAAAACGCGGGCGAAGCCGCGGGCGGAAAUCUAGUCAUUUCAUAAAGUUAUUUAUUAUACGAAAAUUGUCACUCCUCAAAGUUUUAUAUUUUAAGCAUUAUCAUAAAUCGCAGACUGGAUAGAUUCUUUUGGUAUUAAAUAGCACAAUAUCACAAUGUUAUUAUUAGCGAGAACAAAUGUAGAUGUGCAUGAAUUUGGAAUAAAACGUGUAUUUUUAA